UCCUCCGCGCACGAACUGAACUUGUGCUCCUGCGACAGUUGCUCCUUCUAUGGUUCGAAAACAAAGACAGUUGCCCCGUGCAGUCUUCUUCUUCCUCCAAAACGCGGAACCAAGAAAAAAAAGACGAAUCAGGAACUGCUUCAUGGAUUCCUCUGAUUCCUCUGAUCACCAAAGCCCAAUUCAUGGAAGUCGUCAACAGGGCCAACAACACCAAGUGUGCACCGAACAGCCUGAUGACUCAUCUUGUUCGUCGGCACUGUGCGGUCUGAAGGAUGCAGUUGCAAAACACUGGAAAUUUCUGGUCCCGUCUUGCUUCGGGAGAUCGUCGCCGGCAAGCCUGUCGGUCUCAUCGCCGCCGAUCACCGUGUACCAAGUCUGGCCUGGGAAAAACGUGUUUUUCAUGGAUGGGCGUGUGGUCUUCGGACCUGAUCCGCGAGGCCUCAUCUUGACGGUCAUAGCAGUUCUUCUUUCAGAGUGGAUCUUCUUGGCCGACGUUGUUGAUCCUUCGUCGAAUCACCCAGUCCUGAUAGCUGCAUUCUCCAUUGCACUAGCAGCAACCGUGAUGGUUACUCUGCUACUGACUGCAACAAGAGACCCUGGAAUCGUACCAAGAAACCAGACCUCACUGCCACAAGAAGCUGGCACGAGCAUGAUCAGAAGAACCAGGAGCCGGCGCAUCAUCGUCGACGGCGUCGAGAGGAAGCAGAAGUACUGCAGGGUCUGCGACAUCUUCCGUGCUCCGAGGAGCACACACUGUGCAAUCUGCGACAAUUGCGUCGACAAGUUUGAUCACCACUGCCCCUGGAUAGGCCAGUGCAUAGGGCUGAGAAACUACAGAUUGUACCUGCUGCUGAUAACCCUGGCGCUGGCUUUCUACACUUGCACCUUAACGUUCUCGGUGAAAAGAAUCAGAGUGCAACUGGAUGCUGCUGCCGGUGCAGGGCUUCUCGGUCUGCUGAGAAGUUGGCCUGGAAUGGUUGCUCUGGCCGCGUUCAGCUCCGUGGCUGUCUGGCUCCUGGCGUGCCUCCUCGCCUACCAUAUCUUCCUUGCAGCCAAGAACCAGGUACCGUUACGUGAAAUUUCGUGUGGCUUGUAUGCGAUCUUAUUGAAGGAACUAACUGGCUGAUGAAUUAUUAUUGUUCUCCUUGACUUUGCUGCUGCAGACGAGCCAUGAGAGGCACAAAGGACGGUACCAGAGCUCCCCCAAUCCUUACGACAGGGGGGUGCUUAGGAACAUCAAGGAUUGCCUGUUUGAGAGUUUACCUCCCCCUAGAGUCGAUUUCAGAGCCGUGGCCCAGCCGAACUUGAUGGAUCAGCAUCAACAUUUGCCAUUGACAGUUCAUUCAGGGUGCUAGCUAGGAUCUUGUGAAGCGGGAUGCACGCGUGGCCUGUAUUUCAACAUCUAAUGGGCC